CAGUGAGUGAUUCUGUUUUUUUUAAAUUUUUCCCCCUACACAAAAAAACAAGGACGAUGAAGGUGCUGCGCAGGAAGGCAGUUUUCUUGGUGCUAGGCUACAUCCUGCUGGUGGUGCUCACAAUGCUACAUUUCACAGACUACAAGGGGGCUAAGGAGUGCAGCCAGGUGAAGUAUGUGCCCUACCCGCUUCGCUACACGGUGGAGCACCAGCCAGCCGCGGCGCCGCACAACGCGUCCGCCAAGCGGCAGCAUGUCUACGUGUUCACAACAUGGCGAUCCGGCUCGUCCUUCGUGGGCGAGCUCUUCAACCAGAACCCCGAUGUCUUCUUCCUCUACGAGCCCAUGUGGCACAUCUGGCAGAAGCUGUACCCGGGUGACGCGCUCACGUUGCAGGGGGCGGCCCGGGACAUGUUGAGCCACCUCUACCGCUGCGACCUCUCCAUCUACCAGCUCUACAACGGGGGCAACAAUGUCACCAGCAUGGGGAUCUUCGGGGCGCCCCGCAACAAGGUGGUCUGCUCCUACCCGCUCUGCCAAGCCUACAGGAAGGAGCGAGUGGGCCUCAUUGACGAGCACGUCUGCAAGAACGAGUGCCCGCCGCAACAUCUGGACUCCCUGGCGGGCGAGUGCCAGAAGUACAGCGCCAUCGUGAUCAAGGGCGUCCGCAUCUUCGACCUCAGCGUGCUGGCGCCUCUGAUGAGGGACCCCUCCAUCGACCUGAAGGUGAUUCACCUGGUGCGGGACCCCAGGGCCGUGGCCAGCUCCCGCAUCAAGUCCAGGAACGGGCUGAUCCGGGAGAGCCUCCAGGUUAUGAGGAGCAAGGAUCCGAAGGGACGGCGCCUCAAGGUGUACGACGGCUACCAGAGGAGCCGGCGGGACGCGGUGGAUUACCACGCCCUCAACGCGCUGGAGGUGAUCUGCAACAGCAUGGUGCGGACGGUGCAGAUGGCCAGGGAGCCGCCUGGCUGGCUCAAGGACAACUAUCGGGUGGUGCGCUACGAAGACCUGGUGGAGGAGCCCAUCAGGUACCUGAAGGACAUGUACCACUUCGUCAACCUGUCCCUCAGUCAGGACCUCGAGAGGUUCGUCCUCAACAUGACCAUGGGUUCCAGCUACAACAACAAGAAGCCCUUCAGCGUCUCCUCAAGGAACGCCACGCAGGCGGCCAACGCUUGGAGGACCCAACUGACCUACUCGCAGAUCAAACAGGUGGAGGAAUACUGUCAACAGGCCAUGGAUUGGCUGGGCUACCAGAAGGUCCAAACGCCCGAGGAAGUCAAGGACUUUAGCAAGUCUUUUGUGACCAAACUCCGGCUCUGAACAAAAGGACUGAAGUGAUGCAGUAAAUCACCCCAUCCAGUCCACACCCAAGAGAGGCGGAGGGCAAACCCCCAACCUGUUUGGUUUCUGAACAUGCUUAAGUCCAGAUCUGACAGUGGGGCGUUGGCAGGGGAAGGACAUUUGAGGCCGAGGGUUUUGCGAGGAACCUUCUCUCUUGCACACCCACACACAUUCGCACCCCUCUACACUAACAGACCUAGUUACACAACCUCCCCCAUACACCCACCCACAGAUGCUCAGAGGUACCUUAACACCAAUACACACCUCUGCAUACACCCACAUAAAAACACUCAUCCAGACAUGUCUUUACAUUCACACACAUUGCAGUCUCGCCCACUCCAACACAUGCAUUCAUGCAAAGUACUCUAGCAUCCCCUAUACACAGACAUAGCCAAACACACAUACCCUUCCACUGACAAAACAUUGAUCUACUGACACAGGCAUCCCUCACAUACAUCCAUGUAACUCGUUCACUUUGCUACUAACGGCAAAAAGCUGGUGAGAUGUGAAUCACAUGGUGAUUUUAAGGGAGUUUUUUAUCAUCAGGUGUUGGCAAAGGUGCAAAGCAUUCAAUUGUUCACCGGAAAUACUUGAUCUUUGGGUUUAAAAUUGUUAUAUAUGUUGCUCUAUGAAUACAUAUAUAGUUCUUUUUGUUGUCUGGUUAAAUGAAUAAAUUGAUAAUUUAUCAUUUUUUUAAAGAAAGUAUUCUAUUAUAUUGAUGGCAUGUGACUGUAGAAUUGUUGAGUACAGUGCUUUACUGCCAAAGUGCAACUGAUCAGGAUCCUUUCUGUUCAUGUUCUUUUUUUUGCUCGAUUGUUCCUCCCACACAAGUCCGUUUGUUCCUUUCCCCUAAAAUGUGCAAAACAAACAAAGGAGUCUGUUGCAAAAUAAACCUUUUUGACCCUUAUUUUUAUUCUUAUUGUUGUGUCAUCGCAGGAAAUCAACCCUCAAAUACAAAAAAAAACAAAAAUAGCAUUUGGUUGGAUGAUAAUUGAAACUUGCUACGAUUGAACCCAACAGAGCAUGUUGUUCUUAUGAUUACAAGAAACCAUGCUUAAGGGAUUUUUGUAUUUUAUCAAGGGUCUUUGUGACAGAACAUUUGCAAUAUGCAGUAUUUUAAGGGGCUAGGGGAUACAUUGAGCAACACGUGCCCAGAAGGUUUUAUUUUCAUUAAUGGCCAACUUAAAACCAUACAAAACCCAAUUCUUUGAAGGAGUUUUCUAUUAUACCUCUAUCGCCAAUGCCAAAGGUAUAGAAUGAAAUGCAUAGAUUCUGUAUAGAAGUUUUAAUAUUUUUAUUUCUAAAUGCCCUCAAGGUAUCAGUAGACACAGAUGGACAGCAGCAGAUAUUUGAUGGACUUUUUCAGAAGGUAUGGUGCCUGUUUAUUGGAAUGGGUACCAGAUAUAUACCACAAAGCUGUUUUCUAGAAGUGGUAACAGGCACUUUAAUAACAAAAUGGAGGUCCUGGGAGAACAACACUAAAAUGGAGACAUGAAUUCAGGUUGCUGCACCUCGUAAUGUACUCUAGGUGAUUAAUAUUUGGCAAAAAUCAAGGCCUAUUUUUAAGGUAGCCUUGAGGUUUGGACAGAAGUAAAUAGUAGAUGAAUACAUUCAGAUAGUCAGAAAACAGGGUGUGUAAUAUGAACAAAAUCUAGGUUGUCCUGAAGUUAUUGGGCUCUGGAUAGCUGGAGAACAGUGCACCUAGUGUUGACUUCUCAAGGUAAAAAUACCUUUACAUUGCUUUGGUCUUGGAAUAGUAGUAUUACACUGUGCUGAACAUGCUCUUGUACCUGAAAAAUAAAUUGAUCACUAUUUACUAGAUGUUGGAAGGUCCUUUGUCACUGUAGUCCCAUAGAAACACGCUGCUUGAUGUAUCCUUCCUCAUCUAUCCUGUGAGGUAAAUUACAACUAUUGUAAUAGGACCUGACCCUUAGUACUGUCCAUGAAUGCUGCUUACUCUGGAAGAAUACACUGCUGGCUGAUUACUUCUGCCAGGUCAGCCAGCUGGGGUUGGGUUACUCUGAUGACAGAUUGGGCUUGUCUCCCUCACACUGCCGUAGGACAAGGUUAUCUCACUGUUACAAUGAGGAGAGAGGGGGAUCUGAAGUGUGGUAGUGGGGCUGGGGAGGUUUGUGGGGGGUAGGUGUCAUUAAACUUCAAUGAUUUACUAAACGUCAAUGAAAUCAAACUGACUUCUAGACUGUCAUUCUACUUGAUACUGACUAAAACAACUAAGAGAGAUAGUUUCUUUCACCAGCUUAAAAAUAAAACACACCAGCAGUCGGGUCAGUAAGCACAGCUUGCUGCAUACAUUUGAGAAUUUGUGUGUAUCUUUGCCAGCUUCUCUUCUACAAUGAUAUGAGUGGGCAGUAUAGCAGCAGGUUCUCACUCUCUACACUCGGGAUGAAGUCAGUGGAUUUGGAGUAAGACCUAGAAUACUGAAUUAAACAAUUUAGAGGCUGCCAAACAAUGCAAGAUAACAACAUCGUCAUGUUAAUUCCAAGUUGUUACCAUCUUGUAAUACAUUCCAGAUCAGGCUGCAGGGAGGAGCAGGGUGGGUGCUAAUCAUUAAUUUUUGUUUAGGAUGAUUCGGCAUGAUACAGAACAAAGUAAUAAAAUGCAGGUUUGUACUCGAGCUGGCCAUGGACUAAGCUGCUGAUUUCAAUCAUACCAGUCCAAGAAGUUUUAAAUUUGAGGCUAACUAUUGUUUCUAGAAGGGGGAAAAUGUCUGUAAGGUCAUUGAUUCUUUAGUAGGACCCCCUUUACUUCCUGCCCUCUAAAUUUCCACUUGCUGGAAUGCCUGAAAAUUAGGCAAGAAACCUGAAAAUCAGUACACUGCAGAAUCAAACAGGUUGUUAAUGGAAUCCCAGAGCAUUUCAGCUGAGGUGCAUAGGUGGCAGGCCACAAGUGACCCUCAGUCCUUUCAAAAAAUAUUUAUUGUGGAUGUAUGCAAAUUUGAGCUCUUGCCACUUUACAUUAUCGUUGGCAAAUGGUCUAUGGAAAAAUGCAAUGGUUGGCAGACUUCAGUGAUUGUGUCAUGUUUUUAGGUAUGCAGUGAUUUUGUGAGUGCACUUUGAAAAUAAGUUAUAUCGGGACUCAUUACAAGAGAAAUUUGAUGUAAUAAGACAAACUACCUGUUUAAACAUGUAUUUGUUGAACCAUAAUUUGUAACCAUAGCAUAAGAAUGCUGCCAACUGUCCAUUCGAAGAUUAAGUAAUGAUAAAUCCCUUAAAUUUUGCAACUCCACAAAAUAUUGUCUUUUUCUAACAAUGCCACCUCUUUCUGCCCAUGCAAUCUCCUUUAUGUAACAAAGCAGGAAUUUGACACACUUGUGUGAAGAAUGUGACAGGUUUAACAAAAUAAAUUAAUUUAAAGUGGUAA